AUUAAAUUAUUUAAUUCUUGGAUAUGUCAACUCCUCAAAUAAAAUCAAAAUUGGUUCAAACCUUUGGAAGAAAGAAGAAUGCUGUCGCCAGUGCAAGUGUUAGAGAAGGAAAGGGUUUGGUAAGAGUGAAUGGAGCUCCAAUUGAAUUAGUCAAUCCAGCCCCAUUGAGAUAAAAGGCUCUCGAACCAUUAUUACUUCUUGGUUAAGUCAGAACAGGCAGAUUGGAUAUCAGAGUCACAGUUAGAGGUGGAGGAAGCACUGCUUAAAUUUAUGCCAUUAGAUAGGCCAUCAGCAAAGGCAUCGUUGCUUACUAUCAAAAAUACAUUGAUGAAACUUAAAAGAGAGAAAUCAAAGAUCUAUUGUUAUAAUAUGAUAGAUCACUUUUGGUUGCUGAUCCAAGAAGAUGUGAGCCAAGAAAGUAUGGUGGUAAGGGUGCUAGAGCCAGAAGAUAAAAGAGUUACAGAUGAAAAUUUUAUAUCAUAGUACAUUAAAAAAUAUAAAAUAUUAA